GUUAAGUCUUACUCUCAUCCCACCUAUUUUCUCACAGUUAAGUAACCGGUCAAGACCGUUGCAUUCCUUGCUCUUGUUUAAGAAGCUGGGAUCUGCAUUCAAUAACUGCUCUGCGGGUUAGCGCGUUUGUUGGUGUGUCUCUGCAAAUACAUUGCGCUGUUUUGCGUGAUUACAUCAAUUUGUGUCAAGAUUUUACCGCUGUAAGUAGUGGCAUAACGGAACAGAAGCGGAACAUAAACAAAUGUUCUGGGCGCUCCUCAAAUAGAUUGUCAGACCCGCAGUGUGAUAUUUCGAGAGACACUUUUCAAGACAACUUUCUAGAGAUCAUUCUAUGUGGAACUUUAAACCAAACAGAAUGUCUAACGUUAAAGCAACAUGGCUGUCCAGCUGUCUUUUUCUCUCCUUUCUCGUCGUCUGUGCGACAACGGACAUCUACUUGGGAGGCUUAAUGCCCCUGGACGCUGGUCACUAUGGACUGAUGCAUGGUCCGGCCCUGAUGGCCAUGGAACACAUUAACGAGAACCCUAGCAUGCUGCCCGGCUAUACCUUGAAGAUGAUCAUGAAGAAUACGACGAUCACAUACGACAUGUUACUGUAUCACGUGGGUGUGGCUGUCGAUCAACUUCACGAGCUGAUGACAUCAGUUGCGGAUCCCCCUGUCAUGAUGCUUCUCCACGAGGGAAGCUGGACGGAGACAGAAGUAACUGCUGAAAUAACUGGGACGUUAAAAAUGAUACAGAUAGCUACAGGUAGUGCCUCUCCCGUGCUGUCCGAGAGGGAACGCUUUCCCUACUUUUACCGGACCAUAGGCGACUUGGCCGACACCACUACAAUGGAAGUGGACUUGAUCAAGCACUUUGGGUGGGACAGAGUGGCUCUCUUUAAUGCUGACUAUGGACCAUUUAAGAAGAUUGGUUCCCAGUUGGAGACGCAACUUCGAGAAGAAAACAUCGACGUCGUACAGUCGCUGUUCUUCAAGGCAAACGACAUCGACAAACAAAUGGCGAAACUCAAGGAAUCCGGGGCCAAAAUUAUCUUGCACCACUCCUCGGCUGACGGUAUAGAAAUGGUGGAAGUUUUCUGCCAGGCUUAUAAACACGGACUGUACGGCAAGGACUACGUGUGGAUAUCAGCCAUACAAGAGGUUCGUAAUUACUGGUCGCACUCCAUGGAGCUGAGCGCCCUCAACUUUACCCGCUGUACCGUGGACGAGAUCGUUACCGCCAUGGAGUCUUCCUUCCAGACCUUCAGAAUGGAUGCAUUUGAGGCCUACGAGCUAGAGCAACAGUUCCAUAUGGCGAUUUCAGGACGGGACCCCCAUCGCAUUUGGCAAGAGAUGCAGGAGCAGUCAUGGGCCCAGUACCCCUACAUCAAGCCGCUCUACUUCCAAGUCGCUUAUGAUGCCGUGUGGGCCGCUGCCCUCGCUAUAAACGGCUCUCUGGACAGAAUUCCAAAGAGUGUGUUGGAAAAUUUCACCUAUGAAGAUCUGGAUUACGUCACAGAAAUUCUCAAUCAGGAACUGAUGAAGCUAGAGUUCUUCGGGGCAUCUGGUCCCGUAUCAUUUUCCAAAGAAGGGAACCGUCUCAGUGUCAUAGCGAUAGAACAGAUAUUUAAUGGCUCGGCAAAAGCUAUUGGUAUUUAUGAUCAGAAAACGCAAGACAUCACGUGGUCUGUGGCAGCCAAUCAGAUAUGGAGAGAGACAGGUGGAAAAGCUCCUCUGGCCGGAUACAGACAGGUGUACGAAUCACGCCUAAUCUCUGAGAUUAUACGGCUCACGUACUGCGUGGUGGCAGCGGUGGCCAUUGUAGGCGCCAUCUUGCUGAUCCUGUUCACUAUCUUCAAGUGGAAAACCAAACUUAUCCAGAAUUCUUGGCCAGUGAUGAACAUAACAAUCGCUAUUGGCUGUAUACUGAUAGAUAUCAGCAUCCUAUUGGCUGGAUUUGACGCUACGUCAUCGAGUAACGCACAGAGCACGUGCCAGGGAUCCACGUGGUUGUUCAUCCUGGGCUUUACUCUAUGCUAUGGUACUAUGCUGGUGAAGAUGUGGGGUAUCUUCAGGUUUUAUAGGAAUAACGUAGAAUGGGGUAUUAAGGCUGAGCUUCGUCUGCUGACUGCUGUAGCCAUUAUGCUGUGUAUCGACCUCCUGCUGCUGCUUCUCUGGCAACUGACAGAUCCACUGCUUGUGUUUAGAGUUGAACUGGCGCCUGUGACCAAUGAAGCUGAGGGCCUUGUGGUCAUCCCAGUGCUGUUCCAGUGCACUUCAUACGGCACAAUGGGCUGGACCAUUGCAUUCUUCACAUUUAAAGGACUCAUGCUGCUGGUCUCUAUCUGCCUCAUAUGGCCAGCUUGGGUGAUGUCCAUUCGUAACAGCAUCGGUGACAGCAGCCAUAUUGGUCUGGCCAUGGUGUGUGUUGUCUUAGCGGCCAUAGUGGGCGUGCCCGUGUCCAUAUUAGUACAGGACCAGCCCACUGUGCGCUAUGGCGUCAUCGGCGGUUUUACUUUGAUCUGCACCAUUGCUAUCGUGCUGCUGAUUCUGGUACCAAAGUUGAUUGCCUACAGGAAGGGGGACAUGGAACCCACUUUGCUGUCUCCAAUGCGUCUCAUCAUUGACGAAUUCGUUGAGGAUCUGGACUCAGGCAAACAUAACGCCAGCAACGAGUCCCGCGGUCAGGACGGCGAGGUUGACGCCAGGGAGAUGAACGUGGCGCACAAUGUAGACCAGAACGAAAUUAAAAUUGAGAAUGGCCACCAUUCCAAUGGGUAUUUCUAGUCGCUCUGGGUGAAGGACAAGUGAAGGCCGCUCUAAGAAUUGUAACCAUCAGAAUGUUCAGAUGUUUACUUCUGAAAAUGAUGGGGCUUUUU